GUGAUUUACAAUGUCUGAAUAAUCUAAUUGAGAUAAUAAUCUAUUUAGCCGGAAUACGUCGUACUCGGUCCGUCCAUUGGACUUAUCAGGUUCCAAGUCUGCUCAGACAUACCUAACCUUAACCCUGACAUUGCUGACAGUUUCGACAGCGCAGACAUACCUAUAUAUGGCAAUGUCACGCUCAUGCAAUUUUUGUGAUGAUGGGGAAGCCUCGAGUGAAGAAAGGUAGCACUGCCACGUAUUUGUUUACCUCUCAUCCCACCACUCCGCUCACAGAGCACGCAGAUAGUACUUCCACAUAUGCAAUGUACGGGAGAUCUAGAAGUGGAAUCAUGUCCUUGGGUAAUCACCGUUAUUCGUGCCCAAGGGUAUCGGCCUUUGCGCCCUGAAAACUCUUGGAGACCAAUCGUUUCUGUGGUGGUAGACGAGCACCAGCAUUAUGAAGUGAACCUCGGAUGUGAUGGACAGAACCCAAACCUCAAGGAAUGUUUUAUAAUGCGGGGUACAGACGACCGUUCUCCAGUGGACAUCAAACUGUAUCAUCAAGCGUCGAGCAAGAAGAAACACAAGAAGCGGUGUCUAGUUGCUAUGACUUCCCUGUCGCUUCAGGCUCUGUCCAAGUUAAAAGGCACUGAGAAAUCUUUCAAAAUACCGCUGAGUUCUGUGUCACGGCCCUCUAUUCGUGGGUCGGCUCGCGGAAGAACAGUAUCAGUCCACCUUGUCGCUAAGCUUGAAGUGCCCAAAGCUCAGGCAAGACUCCAUGAAUUACACGAUUCAUCAACAUCAGAAGACUACUACGACAACAUUAUGUCAUCCGGGCGCUCUUCACCCACGUCUGAAUCUGAAUCAGACAGGACAAGUAACUUCCCUUGUUCGAGUCGCGCUAUAACACCCCCAGUCUCACCUGAAUCUUCCGGGAUACGCAUCCGUCGAGGAUACAUCUCAGACACAGACGAUGACCGCCCGCUGGACGAGCACGUGAAACUCAUUAACGACAGCUAUGAAAGCUCUACAUUUAUGGACAAUGUCGACCUAAGUGCUGUGGUCCUUACAAGCGAUGAUGUUCCCAUUGCGCUUUCCCUGUUACCCAGAUACACGGAGCGUAUAUCUGUCGACAAUUCAUUAUCUUUUAUCGAUGCUCUUGUUGACUCUUUCUCGUCUUAUCGCGAGCUUCGAGAGGCUUGCAGCGACUCUGAGUACGAGCGUGUUUUGGAAAAACUCACGUCUGAAUGGUACUUCGUGGGUGCAUCACUGGUCGCUCUUUCCGGGCUUGACGCGGCCGUCUUUGGUUUUUCGUCCAGCUCGUUGUUCUCCAUCAACAGCUUCGCCCAAAGCUCAAUAGCUCUCGGAAGCGUCGCUUCAGGCAUCGGUCUCGCAAUCGAUGGGUGGUUCCUCUUGAUAUACAGCGGAGCAAACGCUAAAAAAUUUCAGAAACUUGCUCGCGAUAUAUACGGCAAAUAUCUGUUCUUUUGCAUAUCAUCGCGUCUUCCGGCUGUAUGCAUGUUUAUCUCAGCAUGCGCUUUGAUGGCGUUUCUACUCGCAGUGGCAUGGUCUGCCUGGCCCACUGCCGUUCUGACCAUGUGUUUUAUCUCUGGUAUCUUGAUCAGUCUUCAAUUUAUCAUCUACGGGCUACACUGCGUGGUGGUUUGCAUGGCUGAUAUCAUUAGGAGGGUAUGCAGAGGACUGAUGUGGUGUGCAAGGAAACCACCGGACAAUAUCUCGGAGCAUAAUGUUCUUGAAAAGUAAUGGUGUAUUUUGGACGAUUCCCGCUAUUCCCAUAUGCAUGUAAUACACGUUGAUCACAAUACCUAAUUAUUAUUCCACUUGAUUAAACACGGUUCAAAAC